CGGCUUACUCCAGUUUAUCUAAGCAUCAUAGUAUUACUUACUAGGGAUAGUAAGUAAUAAGUAAUAAGUAGUGGUGGUGUAUAGUAGUAGUGACUCCUACCCAAUGAGGUAUGCACGGCGAAAGCGAAAAUGUUUCGGCCGCUAGUUGAAAAGCCAUGAGCAGGUUUUCGGAUUUUGGACAUGCCAUAUGUCUCCGUAGUAAGAUUAAGAAUAAUAAAAAGAAGAAGAAUAAUAAUAAUACUACGUUGACUAAUUUGGUUGGACGGGGGUUCCUGGCCUGCUUGCCUGCUUGCCUGCUUGCCUGCCCGUCUGCCUGCCUGGCCGCCUACCUACUCACCAUUUACUGUGACCUGUCUGACAAUCUCUCCCCAAGUCGAAUGAGGCUGUGUGUGUUUGGGAGGUUCCAUUUCCGAGGACCGGUGGUCACUGACUUCGAUAGGUCGCCCGACGGGCUGGAUCUGCUGGGAUGUUCGGGUUGAGGAAGUUGGUGGUGGGUAAUCCUUCAGGUUGGCCACGAGGAAUGGAAGGGUUAUUGGGUUCUGACAUGGUUGAUCCCAGGCCGUGGUUUUUGGGGGCUAGUUUUGGUCUCGCCUUUUCUUUCUUUUUUCCCCCCUCAGCUCAGCAUCUGAACAUCAUCC